AUGGCAUCUAUAGCGAGGAAAGUCACAAAUGAAUACAAGCGGAAGCAGCAGGAGGUUCAGGAUCUUAAUUCUCAGGCUGCAAAACUUCGAGACAAAAUCCGGGCUCUCGGAAAGCAGGUCCAGGAUCAGGAUGAGUGCAACAACAGAAUGAAGCAGGAGGUUGACCGCAUCUUCGAGCAAGGGGCACGUUACAAGCAAUCAAUUGCCACCAUGAGCCACGAGAUAAUGACUCUCCAAUACAAGCUAACAACAGAAAAGACAGACGUCAGUCGUCUUGAUGACGAGUUCGAGGUUGAGCGAGAGAUGACCAUGCAUCAUAACAGCGACAUAGACAAAGCCAAGGAAACCAUAAAGAAACUUGUGCAGACCAGAGAUAAGCUAUACGAGGACAUCAAGUUUCUAUCUGAUGAGCGUGCGCAGUUAAAUGUUGAAAAGAGGGAAGCCCAGGAACGCCGUACACGGGAAGAGCUUACAAAUACUAAGUUUAUUACCUCCAUUGGAGCCAUGAAUGCAAAAAUCCAGUUUUAG